AUGACGGCGACACUCACUGUGGAACCCAUCCAACGCCCACUGAAAGGCUCGCGUAUAUCCUCGUUCUACCCCGUCAAAGAGCUUCCGCCCCUUUCUGCUCUCGACAGUGCAUUUCAGCUUCAGGAAUACAUUUCUCUACUCAUUCGCAAGGACGUGCACGACGUCGACGCGAUCGUAUCAAUACCGGGCAAAGGGAGAGGGCGUGAGAGCAGUGGGCAAGCAAAGGGCGAGGAAAGCGAAGGGAAGGACGCUGACGUUGAGCACCAGAAGGAACAGGAAAAUGCUGGGGUCAAGGAAGGCGAGGGGAAAGAGGUAGCCGUAGAUGAGGCAUGUUGGAUCUACGAGCAGUUGAGACGGCUGGCGCAGGAUCUGUCGCAUCCUCUCAUCACAAUGCUUCAGCAGGAAUGCACUCGUCAGACGUGUCCAGAGAUGAAGGCAGGAGAGUGGCUCUAUCUAUGCGUUGCCCAUGGAAGCGAGGGCGCUAUGGAGCAAUGUUGCGCCAUCGACUACAUACUCCACACACUCGACAGCGCGACGGGUCUCCUCAAUUCCCCACGUGCAUUCCCAUCACGUCUUUCUAUUCCCGCACCGUCCCAUCGACAUUUCUCCUCUCUCGCGCGCCGUCUCGGCCGUAUCUUCGCACACGCAUACUUCCAUCACCGUGCCGUCUUUGCGCAGGCUGAAGCUGAGAGUUCGCUCUAUGCUCGCUUUCUGGCGCUGACCUCGCGCUUCGACCUCGUGCCCGCCGAGUUUCUUGUCAUCCCUCCCGGUACCGUGGGCUAUGGAGCCGACGAACGCGAUAGAGAUGGGUUGGAUGAAUAUCCGCGCCUGCUCGCGGCAUCAAUCGAUCCAAAGCGCGAACACGAACGCGGGCGGGACGACGAGACCACUACAAACGCUCAGCGGGGCGGAAUCUUGCAGCUUGAUGCAUUGGGUGGUGUACUGCCGUCGCUUUCUCAAGGCGAGCCCGAGAAGCGAGAUGCUAGUCCGAGAAAGAUGGGUCGCAACAGGACGGACACCAUGGUGUACAGCGAAGCGGCCAGUGUGGUCGAGGAACUGGGCCGCGCAGCGGCAAUGGGCGACAAUGUUAACGCCCCGCAAACUGAGACCUCGAUAACGCAGCCCGAAACGACAUCUCAGGAUAGUGAACAAGGCGAAGGAGCGCAUAUUCAAGCAUAUCAAUCCACUACAGCCGUCACAGUGUCACUUCCCACUACCGAGGGUGAAGUCGAGGUAGUCGCAGAACACCAUGACAAUGCUACGUUGGAAGAGUCAUCUGAAGCUCCCGAAUUGGCCGCGCUGCAUCAGAUGUCGAGCUCGGAACCUGAAGAAGAGCCAGCAAUCCCGCGCGAUGACCAUCAACAGCCAGACGAAGAAGGGUCGCACACAGAAUCGCACUCAAUAGAGACGUUAGCGUCGGAGGCAGCAGAGGAACACGAGAACGUAUCAGAGAUGAGAACUGGGGAAGAAUUUCGCACAAGGCCGGAAACAGAUGUAUCUGCCUCUGAUGUGACUGAAGAUCAGGCUCAUCACGUCGAGGAGCCAACUGUAGCCGAAACAAGCGGAAAUCUGGCUGAGGAGAUCCUUGGACAGCAGAGCUCGGAGAACCGCGUUACGGAGGGUACAGCGGAGGAUCACGGAGACGAUGAAACGCAAUCAGACGAUGCCGAGGAGCCGCAAGCAUCUCCCGAUACUGUUGACGGCGAAAGCCAGCCUGCACUUGACAGCAGCGAGCGAGCAAUGAGCGACGUGACUGAAGAGCAGACUGCUGCGAUGGAACCCCAGGAAGACGUUUUAUCAGAGGUGCGACACGACUAA